AUGGGUGGCUCCUUAUCGCGUCUCUGGUCCUUCUUCUGGUCCAAAAAGGAAAUCCGUAUUCUGAUUCUUGGUCUGGAUAACGCCGGAAAGACGACGCUUCUCUACCGACUGAAGAUCGGCGAAGUCGUCACUACGAUACCCACGAUUGGUUUUAACGUCGAGUCGGUGACGUAUAGAAAUCUGAAUUUCAAUGUUUGGGAUCUCGGAGGCCAAACGUCCAUCCGUCCCUACUGGCGAUGCUACUAUGCCAACACCGCCGCCGUCGUUUUCGUGAUCGACUCCACCGAUAUUGAACGACUGGGCACGGCGGCCGACGAACUCGCAGCUAUGUUGAACGAAGAGGAGCUUCGCGACGCGGCCCUGUUGGUAUUUGCCAACAAGCAAGACCAGCCGGGUGCCAAGGGUGCGGGCGAAAUCUCGGAGGCGUUGAAGCUGGGAGAACUGCGCGACAGGAACUGGAGUAUCGUGGCUUGCUCUGCCAUCGACGGAAAAGGCCUGAACGAGGGAAUGGACUGGUUGGUGAUCGCCGCGGUGCUUCCUCCGGCCGGUGCGACGGCAAAUGCAAGCCUGCAAAUCAGACAUGACCACCCCGUUCCUUUGCCCGCAGAAGGAGAACUUCUUGUCAAGUUGGAAUACUCAGGAUUGUGCCACUCGGAUGUGCACAGCGUCCGCGGGGAAACGCCGAUGUUGACCGACGUGGCGGGGCAUGAGGGGGUGGGGAAAGUAGUCCAAGUUGGAUCCGGUGUCAAUGAGCAGGACUGGCUUGGGAAGAGGGUUGGCAUCAGGUAUCAGAUGGCUUUACAGCUCCUGUUUGAAUUGCGAGAUUUGCGCCAUCAACAAUACGGCCUGUCCGUAUCAAAAGAAUGCCGGGGCUCGGGUAUUGCCAUGUACUCAUCAAUCAUGAAGACCAAAACUCGCCCGGGUGACUGGCUUGUUCUUCCCGGAGCUGGAGGAGGCCUAGGGCACAUGGGAGUCCAGAUUGCCUCCAAGAAAGGGCUCAAAGUGAUUGCAGUGGACAGCGGAGAGAAAAAGAAGCAACUCUGUCUUUCGUUAGGGGCAGCGAGCUUUCUGGACUACAAGGUGGACGAUAUCGAGGCGGAAGUGCAGAAGCUUACCUCGGGCUUGGGCGCCCAUGCUGUCAUUUGUACCGCAAACAGCGAACCGGCCUAUGCCCAGAGUAUGCGACUGCUUCGCCGUCUGGGGGUUCUCGUCUGCGUCGGUAUACCGAGCGUGUCGUUCCGACUGCCCGCAACACCAUUUGAUAUGAUUGUUAAAGGCUUGACGAUCAUUGGAAACUCUGCGGGUACGGCGAAAGAAAUGGACGAGUUGAUGGCAAUGGCAGUAGCCGGGGACGUGACCGCGUAUAUUGAAUGUUUCGAAUUCGACAAAAUCGACGAGAGGGGCCUGUGGUGGGGACGAGUGAAGAUAUUCAUGCUAGUGCUUGAAUUCUGGGGGGUGGUGGGGGGACAGGCUUUACAGUCAAGAAGAGACCGUUUCCUCUCGCGACUCGGACUCUUGUCCGUCAAGUUCUUCUCAACUUUCGAUUGCAUCACUGCAGCUACGGCCUUUUGUAAUCCUUUUUCUUUUGCUAUGGACGCCCUCGGGAGUAGCCGUCCGGUGGCCGAGCUGGUGAAUCGCAUGGGAUGGCAGCAUGUGUACAUCGCAGGCACGGCCAUCCUGGUCGCCGCGCUCGUCGCCGUCGUACUCUUCCUUUCCUCCUACCGGGGUAAGAUCAACUACAACAGCGGUAUCUUCCCCUACCUGAAAUUCGUCUACGCGAACUUCCUCAAACCUCAUCAGAAGAGCGGAGAGGGUCAGCAAGAUGCCUUGGAGAGCUUCUACAAGACCCAGGCUGGAGUAUACGACGCCACUCGAAAACGCCUUCUGCGCGGCCGAGAAGACAUGCUGGGCCUUGUGGCGGCGCAGCUAAGAUUCAAAGUGGACAAUAAGCAGCUGAAGAACGGAAAAGCCAUCUGGGUUGAUAUUGGUGGAGGAACUGGAUAUAACAUCGAGGCCAUGUCCGCGUUUCUGCCAGUUCAUACUUUCUUCUCCCAUGUUUAUCUAGUAGAUCUCUCCCCUUCUCUCUGCGAAGUUGCCCGGGAACGGUUCCGGCGAUUAGGAUGGAAGAAUGUCAGCGUGGUCUGCCAGGAUGCACGGUCAUUUCGCUUGCCAGACGCGGAGCAUGUCCAUCCCCGGGCGAAGUCUACUACUGCUAACACGGGUGCGGACGCGAUUACCAUGAGUUACAGUCUGUCCAUGAUCCCAGAUUACUACAGUGUGGUAGAUUCCAUGACGGAUUUGCUGAAACCAUCCGGCUUGCUCGGUGUUUGCGAUUUCUAUGUUCAGAGUAUCGUCGAUGUCUCGUCUCGUAACUAUAUCGGUGGCGCUUUCAAUCGCCAUGUCAAUUGGCUUGGUCGCGUCUUCUGGCGUGCCUGGUUUGAUGCAGACCGGGUGAGUCUCGAGGCCGCUCGUCGGGACUACUUGGAAUAUCGAUUUGGGACUGUCGUUUCUGCUAGCGAGAGAAACUACCUUCUCGGAGGUAUCCCCUACUACAUAUUCCUUGGGCGUCAAAAGGACAUUACGUCCAGCCAGACAGGCAAAGAUACGAUCGAGAAGCUCGAUGCCUCGUUCACCGAGUCGCCCUACUUGUCUCCUGCCAACCACCAGAAGGAGAUGGAGAAGGCUGCGGAAGCCAGCGCACAAGAGGUUCGGUCCAAAGCAUACGAGUCAGCAGUAGUCAAUCUUGGCUCGAACCUGCCGCUGCCUUCAUCUUUCUAUCAAAACCACCAUUACCGCAUCUUUUACAAUGACCUGCUUCCGAAACACACCCAGUUCCAGAACGAAUAUAUCUACGCCUUCAACUGGGAAGAUCCUCGGGUUGACCACCGCCUUCUGGAUAUUCAACGCGACGAUGUGGUCUUGGCCAUUACCAGCGCUGGUGACAACAUUCUGGAUUACCUGCAGAAGAGCCCACGACGAGUACAUGCAGUGGACCUGAACCCCAACCAAAACCAUCUCCUCGAACUCAAAGUGGCCAGUUUCACUGCCCUCGGCCAUCGCGAUGUUUGGAAGAUUUUUGGAGAAGGAAAGCACCCUGAGUUCCGUCAACUGCUCAUUUCUCGUCUAAGCCCUCACCUGUCCAGUCAGGCGUUCCAGUAUUGGUUGGAGCACAGUCACGUCUUUACAUCGACAUCUGGAAAGGGUCUUUAUGAGACUGGUGGAUCCCGGCAUGCAAUCAAGAUGGUCCGUUAUCUGUUCAAGGUAUUCGGCCUCGAGAGUCAGGUGCGGAAGUUGUGCGAGGCUCAAACCCUUGCCGAGCAGCGCCAGAUCUGGCCUCGGAUCCGUUCGGUUCUGAUGAGCAAGCCUCUUCACUGGGCAGUAGUCGGAACGGAGUGGUUUGCAUGGAAGGCCGCGGGCGUGCCUCGCAACCAGCGUAAUAUGAUCAUCGAUGACUUCUUCAAGCGUAACGGCUUGACUGCGGAUAUGAAGCAAGCCAAGGACAUCAGUGGCCAGUCGAUCUGGGAAUAUGUCGUCGACACGCUCGAUCCAGUGGUCAAUGACACUCUGAUUGGCUCUGACAAUUACUUUUAUUACUUGUGUCUACAAGGCCAAUUCUCUCGAAGAUGCCACCCUGCCUAUCUGUCACCCAAAGCACAUGUGAGAUUAUCCUCCCCAGGGGCAUUUGACGGACUCCGUAUCCACACCGACGAGAUCAAUGAAGUGAUCAAACGUAUCACCCCGCGAAGCCUCACUAUUGCUGUUGUCAUGGACUCAAUGGACUGGUUCGACCCCUCCGGUAACGACGCUUCCAUUCAAGCCCAGAAACUCAACCACGCCUUGAAACCCAACGGCCGCAUUCUUCUCCGGUCUGCGAGCAUCGAACCCUGGUAUAUCCGGAACUUCGAAGAGAAUGGCUUCACGGCCCGGCGAGUCGGUGCUCGAUUCCCAGGAACAUGUAUUGACCGAGUCAACAUGUAUGCUUCUACUUGGAUUUGUACCAAAACGAAGGAAUUGGAACAGCCAUCUCUACCGGAUCGAUCGAUGUCCGUGCUAUCGCUGGGCGGUAGUACUGGGAAGCGGUCGAAUAGCGUGGAACAUCUGGAGAUAUGA